CGUGCUCCCACUUCCCUGCGCCGCUGCCCAGCCCAUUGCUCCCCACCGUGAGGUCGGAACAGUUCCGCUGAAGCCCACGGCUGGGAGGUGAUGGCAGUGGGGCCUUCCAGGCCACCAUGUCUGUGGAGCUGGCCCGAAGUCCCCAUCGGAAGGGAGUGGACGCCGCGGUGACGGUAGCCCUGCUGACUGUCCAUCAGGUCUAGGAGGUCAUUAUGAAGAAACUGAGGCACAGAGAGGGCAGGCCCCUUCCCAGGUCACCUGGGCCCUACGUGGUGGAGCCAGGAGUUGAACCCAAGGCCCCCUGUGCUUCCUAAAACCUUGGAAUUUAUCAGAGGAAAAUGUAACCGAAACAUCCAGCAAGGGUCUACCUUACCCAGCAUUCUCUUCUCCUUCCUUAUAUUUAAAACAAAAACCGUUCUCCAGGGAGGAGCCAGGUGAUGUGAUGGACUCGGCUCAGGUGUCGCCUCCUGCAGGAAGUCUUCCCAGAUGCUCCAUGGUUGGGGGUCGCUGGUUGUGCUCACCCCCAGCAGCCAACUUGCCCCUGGCUCUGCCAGCAGCACCUGUGCCUCCCCAGCCACCCCACUGGACCAGGGGCUCCCCAGGGAUGCGCUCACUGCCUGCUUGUUGGAUAGCAGUCCUUUCUGUAGUCACUGAGACCGAUGCCAUUUGUAGACCUCCCCCGGCCCAGGAGGUUGGUGUCCCCCAGUGCUAAUGACAGACCUCCACGCUCCGGCCCGUCCCUGGGGCCUCGUCUCCCGCCACUCCAGGAGGCGGCAGGUCGUGACCCCUGGCGUGCAGCUGCAGGACCUUAUAUGGCUGACCAGCCUUUGGCUUCCUUCCCAUUGCUGGGCGCAUGUGCUUGUGGGGUGCACGCUCCCAAGUGUGGUGGCUCCUCUUCUUUGGUAUCAAUAGAUGGGAUGUUUACGGGCUUCUGUUCUGAAACUUAGCACACCGGGGAUAGGAACCCGUUUCCUGCCACAGGCCUUCUGGAUGUUUGUAGCAUCAUUCGUGGGUCACACAAAAUUAUCAACUCAAAAAAAACUAGCCUUCUGCAGCCUUACUGAAUUUGCAGUCCCACCCAUGGUUGCCUCUGCGGGGUUAGACCCAAUGACUCCGUGGACCUCACAUGUCCACAGGCCAGGCGUUGCCCACCCCAGAAUUGUAAGCCGUCUUAAAGUGGACAGCUCAGUGGCAUUCAGAAUAUUCCAGUGCCACACAGCCACCCAUCACCCAGCGCCGCUUCGCCCCCAGACAGAGCCCUCCAUGCCCCAGGCCCUCCCGGGUCCCGCAUCUCUGCUCUGUGUCUCUGGAGUCGCCUUGUUUGGCUGUUUCCUGCACCUAGAAUCAUGCUCGCACGCUGUGUGUCCUGCGUCUGGAUUCUUCCGUGUAGUACCGUGUUUCCCAGGUUCCUCCGAGGCACGGCAUUGCCGGUGCUUCGUGGAUGAAAACACGAGCGGGAGAGCGCGGAGGUGCGGUCGUGCCCAGCCGUCUGUGGGCCGAUGGGUGUUCCUCUGUGAGGACAGCGCGGCUGUGAACGCCCACGGCCAGCUCUCCGUCUGCGCACCUUUCAUUUCUCUCUGGUCACGAGAGGAUUCCGCAGGCCGCUGAUGGGGAGCCCGGUCCUCUGGCUGGGAACUCAGACUCCGCCCCUUCCCCAUGGGAGGACCCGCCCAGGUGCUCCGAGCCGGGCAGCAGGAGAUCUAAAUCUCCGUGGAUCUGCAGACGCGGCGGGCUGUUCCCUGGGGACCUGCAGGCUGAGGCUGCCUGUGCUGGCCCGGCUGCUUCUGCAGAGGAGCCGCCAGGUGUCCGGGGGCACCAGCUGGCCAGGGCUGAUUUCCUGGAGCAAGGUGGCAUCACGCUGGCUUUUUCUCCUACAUCUGGACAGCCUGGCCACUCUCCCCCCACCCACCUUCCACCCCAGUCCCCCCUUGACCUCUGUUCCAGCUCGUCACCCAGGCCCAGAGCCCCGCCUCCCCGGACACGCCUGCUGUCUCACUGCUGUGCGGUCACCCUGAGCUUUGAGACGGGAGAAGCCAGGCCAGACCACCCCUGUCUCUCCCAGGCUGUGUGACUCAGGCCACUCCCUGAGCUGUCCCUGUGACCUCAGACCCAUGUGAGCCUCGGUCCCCACACCUGUGACAUGAUGAGUGCCAAGGGGGUACUCUCAGAGCCACAGGGAGGACCGGGUGAGGCCAUGGGGUGGAGACACCUGGGACAAGCGGUUCCCAGAUGCGAAGUUCCUGACACCUGAUGGGUGGGACCCCGGCCCCCAGCGCCAGCCUCUGAGCCCCAUCCCUGGCUCUGGGUGUCGUGGCAGGGGUUGGGGAGGUAGCCCGAGCCCUUUUCUGCCUUUGACAGGUGAGAGCCCAGGCAGCAGGAGUCCUUGUCACCUGCAGACACAGUCGCUGGGAAGGGUGUUCUUGUGCCGGCCCUGGCCCAGCACAGGUGCGAGAGGAUCGUGAUCAGAGCAAGCCCAGCCCAGGCUCCUGUGUGCUGGGUCCAACACUGAAUGCCGUGUGCGUUCGCAAUGCCUCCGUGAAGGCGGCCCUGUGCCUGGCACCCCUGUGGAUGCAGAAAUGGAGUUCAGAGAGCCUGCUCCUUGCUGGCAGCCACCUAGCAAACAUCCAGGAAGAUGAGUGCGUGCGGGAGGAAGGCCCUGACCCUGCUGAGCAGCGUCUUCGCCGUGUGCGGCCUGGGGCUCCUGGGCAUCGCCGUCAGCACCGACUACUGGCUGUACCUGGAGGAGGGUGUGAUCCUGCCCCAGAACCAGAGCACCGAGGUCAAGAUGUCGCUGCAUUCGGGCCUCUGGAGGGUCUGCUUCCUCGCAGGUGAGGAGCGCGGGCGCUGCUUCACCAUAGAGUAUGUGAUGCCCAUGAACACGCAGCUGACGUCCGAGUCCACCGUCAACGUUCUAAAAAUGAUCCGCUCGGCCACGCCCUUCCCCCUGGUCAGCCUCUUCUUCAUGUUCAUCGGCUUCAUCCUGAGCAACAUCGGCCACAUCCGUCCGCACCGGACGAUCCUGGCCUUUGUGUCCGGCAUCUUCUUUAUCCUCUCAGGCCUCUCCCUCGUGGUGGGCCUCGUGCUCUACAUCUCUAGCAUCAACGACGAGAUGCUGAACGGAACCAAGGACGCGGACUCCUAUUUCAACUACAGAUACGGGUGGUCCUUCGCCUUCGCGGCCAUCUCCUUCCUGCUAACAGAGAGUGCGGGUGUGAUGUCCGUGUACCUGUUCAUGAAGAGGUACACCGCCGAGGACAUGUACCGGCCUCACCCCGGCUUCUACCGCCCGCGCCUGAGCAACUGCUCCGAUUACUCGGGCCAGUUCCUGCACCCGGACGCCUGGGUCCGGGGCCGCAGCCCCUCCGACAUCUCCAGCGACGCCUCCCUGCAGAUGAACAGCAACUACCCCGCCUUGCUCAAGUGCCCCGACUACGACCAGAUGUCGUCUUCUCCCUGCUGAGCCCCGGCUGCCCUGGACAGCGGACAGCAGACUGCCUCUCCUGCUCCCCGACCCCAAGCCAGCCCCCGAGCCCUGAGUCCCUGGUCCAUAGCCCAGGCUGCCCAAGUUUAGCCCUUUUUUACUUGAGUCCUCUCCCUCCUUCUCUCCAUAGCUCUAACUGCCCAGUGUGGGUGUCAGGCAUCAGGAGUCUGGAGCCAGCAGGCAAAGGGAUUGGCCAGUAGCAUGGGUGAUGCCCCACCUCUCACGUGUCACUCGCAGCCAGGACUCCCAGAAGCCAGUAGUUCCUCCAUGCCCAGGAGAGGCCACUGCUCUGGGGGGCUGUUCCUCCCUGAGCUCCCGACUUGGUGACCCCGAGCCUAGGCCAGCUCCGAGAGGCCAAGUUCCUUUCAUGGAUGGACUCCAGUGCUUGCCCACUGGCAUGGCGCUCACGUUCACGCUCUGGGCUGAUGGGCAGGUCUGCCUGGCUCAGAAGUCUGGCGGGCCAGGCUCCUUCCAAAGCCCUGUCCCUUCUGUGUCACCCACAGCCCUGCACACAGCGUACCUGCCUGGGCUCUCCCGCGCCUCCCAUUGCUCCCCUCCUUCCACCAGAACUCAGCUGGGAGGGGCUGGGGCCACUCUGACCCAUGGUGAAAUAGCAAAGAGGUGUUGAUGGCUGGAGCUGUCUUAACAUGUAUGGCCCCUUGAACUCCUACUUAACACGGGCCUUUCAAUGCCUUAACCCCAAGCAGUGACUCUGACCUUGAGGAUUUGCGAGUCCGGCUGGUCUGGGUUCAUAUUCCCAGGCCCCUUGUCCAGCCCUGGAGAUCCUGGGCCUACUAACAAGGACACUACUUCCAACCCAGAGCCCUACACUCAAACUGCGUGGGCAGGUGUCUAAGUAGAAGGCGGCUUCCAGAGGCGGCCUGGGAGUUACAGCUGUAUCUGGUGACACCUGGUGCGUUUUGAGCCUAAACAAGCCAAACUUCAGAUGUUCCACUGCCAUGCCGAGGAGUCCCAUGGGCACGAGGGGGUUGCCAAGUUCAUCCUAAUAUUCUUUCCGGGGACUCUGCUUCCUGGGGAUGGGACAUCUGUAGGCAAAGCAGACGCUGUCCCAAGAGGAGGCUGGGUGACACCUGUUUUCCUGCUGGGAGCCCUGAGCUGGGAAGUUGGAAACAACUUCCGUGAGGUCCACAGGAGGAAAACGCUGGAGGAGCCCCCGCUGGCCUCCAGCCCCUCCGCCUGCCAGGAGUCGGUCGGCUCGGCUCGUGCGGUGUUUAUUUUGCGAUGUUGAGCAGCAGAAAAAUGCAUUUCUGCUGUGCCAGCUUCCCUCUUUCUUGAAGAUGCCACUGGGUUCUCAGCACAGAAAGCCGUGGUGGCAGCAGGUGGCUCUGGCAAGCGGGGCAGGAAACGGCGCCGCUGGGGCGUGCGGCGAGCCGGUCAGCUCGGCCAGGGUGGCGUCCGCAACAGAGAUCAAUUCCCUCGCAGAUCUGGGCCAGGGUCGGAGAUCCAGGUGUCUGCAGGGUUGGGUUCCUCGGAAGCCCUGCUCCCCGGCUGGCAGCUGGCCCCUUUCUUGCUGAGUUCUCACCUGGACUUUAUGCCCCAUUGCACCCUGGAGUCAGGCUUUCCAAGUACCCGCUUCGUAUAAAGUCACCAGACAUUGCAUAGCGCCGCAGUCAGUUAGGGGGAUUGACUUCAACCGAAUCACGCCUUAAAGGCCAGACACAGUCACAUCUGUAGGUGUUGGGGCUGAGGGGUUCAACACGGGAAUUCGGGGGAGCACAGUAGGAGGCAGGUGGUUCAGGAGCUGGAGUUUUCCACUCAUUCCACAGCUUGUUCAGGGAAAAGAGAAGAGAAGCCAGAGGUGGCCCCAGUUCAGCCACGAGACACUGGGGAUCCUUGGGCAGCCCCCUGCUGCUCCCCUGGGGGCUGGUGUGAACCAUGUCCAAGCCCACCCUUCCCCCACCCACAGCCCCAGUGACCCAGUCUCCCGUGGACAGCUCCAUGUUGUUCAGGUCUGCCACGUUUCAAUCCUCGCCUCUGAACGGACAACAACUAGCAAGUCCAGCAGCCCACCACGGGGCCGUGGCCCUGGCACUCUGGUUACCAUUUACAGAACAUUCUGGAAACCACGGUCUCCCCCAAAGCUGAGGAAUCGGCCCGUGUGCUGUGGGACCCCUGGGUGGCGUCUCUUCCCUGGCCGAGCGCCCAGGUAUGCUGGCCUCCCAUUCUUGUCCAUGUCGUCAGCUCCUCUCUCUCUCCGAAACACUUCUCUGUCACUGUGCCAGGCUGGUGUUUGUGCACACAGGAACAGUAGAACGUACUCCUCAGAGCAAGCUGACUGCGGAGUGACGUCGUGAGGCUGGGCCUUGGCCGGCCGGGAUGCUAAGCUGCGAAACGCAGGCGCUCUCAUGCUGGGCACGUGCUGUUCACCCGUAACCCAGGAACACGUCCCUCCCUCCUGGGCGUGGGAAGCGGAACCUGUAAGUGUGCCACCGUUAGGGUCUUCUUUCUGUCUAUAAAUUCAUCUCAGAACUGGGGCCUGUCUGCAGCCUCCGGACCACCAGGUUUUUGUUGAAC